GCCAUUCCCUACAGUAUCAUCCAAUUCGAACUAAAGUUGCUUUCAACAAAUUUUCUCUACUUUUCCUUAUGCAAACAGACAGUUCUCUAUAUUACAAUCAAAAAUAGAGUUGAGAAAAAACAGAAUCAAAUCCUCACUCUCAAUUAUGGAACGGUGCAUAAUUGCUUCGUCAUCCACGCUCAAUCUCACCCGAUUAUCUCGUAAAUCCAAUUCAAUUCUCCCUGCUAAACUCCCGGGAUUCUCUUUUCCAUGGAGCUCGAGCGCAAAUUCGCGGCCUCUGAAGCAUAUUCGAACACUGUCCCCUGCUUUCAGCUGUAGGAGGAGACUAAGCACGAGAGCUGUUGUAUCCGAUGUUUAUGAGGAGAAACAGUAUUUCAAAGUCGCCGCGGAAUCGACGGGUCCGAUAUCUUCUGAUCGGCUUCUCGAAGUGAUCGAAAUUGCCGCCAAAACUGGAGCUCAGGUGAUAAUGGAUGCAGUAAAUAAACCUCGAAAUAUCACAUACAAGGGAUUGACUGAUCUGGUGACUGACACAGACAAAAUGAGUGAGGCUGUUAUUCUGAAUGUGGUAAAGAAGAAUUUCGAAGACCACCUCAUUCUUGGGGAAGAAGGAGGGAUCAUCGGCGACUCGUCUUCUGAUUAUCUUUGGUGUAUCGAUCCCCUAGAUGGCACCACAAAUUUUGCACAUUGCUACCCCAGCUUUGCAGUUUCCAUUGGUGUACUUUACAAAGGAAAGCCAGCUGCCGCCUCUGUGGUAGAGUUUGUUGGUGGACCUAAAUGUUGGAAUACUCGAACUUUUACUGCAGCUGCUGGUAAAGGUGCAUUCUGCAAUGGAGAAAAAAUUCAUGUGAGCCAAACUGAUACGGUUGAGAGAUCACUUUUGGUUACUGGGUUCGGAUAUGAACAUGAUGAUCCAUGGGCAACCAAUAUGGAGCUAUUCAAGGAAUUUACUGACGUUAGUCGGGGUGUGAGGAGGCUUGGUGCAGCAGCAGUUGACAUGUCUCAUGUAGCCCUGGGAAUUGUAGAAGCCUACUGGGAGUAUCGUCUUAAACCAUGGGACAUGGCCGCUGGUGUUUUGAUAGUUGAGGAGGCUGGGGGAACAGUUUCCUGUAUGAAUGGUGAAAAGUUUUCCGUGUUUGACAGAUCUGUCUUGGUAUCCAAUGGAGUGCUUCAUUCUAAGCUUCUUGAGCGCAUUGGACCAGCAACACAGAAACUGAAGGGCAAAGGAAUUGAUUUUUCAUUAUGGUACAAGCCUGACAAUUAUCACACAGAACUUUGAUAUGGCCUGCUUUGAUGGCUUUUACUGUGGGGAUCAGGUGUAAGCAUCCAUUCGUCGAUAACAAUUUUCAGGAUUUGAUCAAGUUCUUCUACCUUUCAAAUACUUCAAAGUUGAUCGUAGAUUUGUAGUCUUACCUUGAUUCUUUCAACAAGGGCCAAUGCCAGAAUCUUUGGUCCUCCGCCCAAGUUAUCGAAAGACUUUGUGCAAAAAUCAUGAAGCAGUUGCAGUUCGACUGCUUGUCAACCCAGUACUUCUGCAGAACCAAAGUUUCUGUAAGAUAAAGAAUAAAAAAGCUAGCAGUAGCAUGGUAUGAGCCAUGUUUUUUUUCUCCUUUUUUUCUAUUCUCAAAUGAUUUAAACUGAAAUACAUAAUAGUGUAAUUUAUUUGAAUAAAAUAUAAACUGAAUAUAUACUAUUUACAAAACUAAA